GGGGAGCGCGCUCCUGCGGCAGCGGCCGUGCUCUUCCCGGCGGCCCAGCGCGCUCCGGCAGCGGACACCGGGCUUCGCAAAUGGCUUGUCCCGCGCUUGAUCUGGAAGCUCUUCAGCCCCUGCAGCCCGAGCCGCCCCCCGAGCCCGCCUUCCUCGAGGCGCAGAAGUGGAUCGAGCAAGUAACUGGCAGAAGUUUUGGUGAUAAGGAUUUUCGGACAGGAUUAGAAAAUGGAAUCCUUCUUUGUGAGUUGCUGAAUGCUAUAAAACCAGGACUUGUUAGAAAGAUCAAUAGAUUGCCUACCCCAAUUGCAGGAUUGGACAAUAUCAUCUUAUUCUUGAGAGGUUGCAAAGAACUCGGCCUUAAAGAAUCUCAGCUCUUCGACCCAAGCGACCUCCAGGACGCCUCCAACAGAGGCCCAGUCAAGAGCCUUGAUUAUAGUAGGAAGCUGAAAAAUGUUUUAGUUACCAUUUACUGGCUGGGAAAAGCUGCAAACAGCUGUACUUCCUAUAAUGGAACCACAUUGAAGCUAAAGGAGUUUGAAGGAUUGUUGGCUCAGAUGCGAAAGGAGACGGAUGACAUUGAGAGUCCCAAACGCAGCAUCCGAGACAGUGGCUACAUCGACUGCUGGGAUUCAGAGCGCAGCGACUCCCUGUCCCCGCCUCGCCACGGCAGGGAUGACUCCUUCGACAGCCUGGACUCCUUCGGCUCCCGCUCUCGGCAGACCCCUUCUCCAGAUGUAGUGCUCAGGGGAAGCAGCGAUGGGAGAGGAAGCGACUCAGAAUCUGACUUGCCUCAUCGGAAGCUGCCGGAUGUGAGGAAGGAUGAUAUGUCUGCACGAAGGACAUCCCACGGUGAGCCUAAAUCAGCAGUGCCUUUCAACCAGUACCUCCCAAACAAGAGCAAUCAGACCGCCUAUGUCCCUGCUCCUCUGAGAAAAAAGAAGGCUGAGCGAGAGGAGUACCGGAAGAGCUGGAGCACAGCCACCUCCCCCCUCGGUGGGGAGAGGCCCUUCAGCUAUCCUGAAACCAUAGAGGAGGAGGGAAGCGAAGUGGGGUCUCCUGCUGAAGAAGACCCGGUGGGCUCGCUGGGCCCCGCUGGUGGGUUAGAACCAGCCCAAGUCAGCGGGGAGGAGCAGCCUCCCUCCAAGGCCACUGUGGUGGCUCCAGUUCCCAAGCUGGAUGACAAAGACCCAAUGGAAAUCCAGAAGCGCAGGCGACUGGAGCAAGCUGGAAUCAAGGUCAUGCCUGCUGCCCAGCGCUUUGCCAGUCAAAACAAUUCAAGUGAAGAGAAAGAAGCUGUUUGUGAUAUUAUCCUUCGCAAGGAAAAUCCUUUUCUGACCCACCAAGCUGGCUCAGAGUCAGAAGAUGAAGCUGUGUGCCGACUGCCUGACCUUGAAAAGGAUGACUUUGCUGCAAGGAGAGCAAGGAUGAACCAAACCAAGCCAAUGGUGCCUUUACACCAACUCCUCUAUGGGCCUUAUCGAAAAAAAGAUGUUGAGAAAUCAGGUGGCAGCAAAAACUUGUCAAAGGGAAUCUCAGACAAGCAAAGUCUAGAAUAUAAAAGAAACCAGGGCCACACGGAAGAGGUGAAGGCUACGGUGACUUGUGUGAUUCGAGCUCGGGAGGGUGAAGCCGUGGCAGAGGGGACCAGGAGGAUGCCAGACCUCCAUAAGGAUGACCUGGCCCAGCGGAGAAUUAAGAGCAACCUGGGCCCUCACCGUGAGGCUCCGAGCUUCAUCACCCUCUCCACCAUCACGGAAGCUGAUUUGCAGACUUGGGAGAGAUUGCAGGUGUCGGGAGGCACAAGGGAAGGAGACGUGCAGCAUACCUGUACAGGCCCCGAGCCAUCCCCAGAAAUCAAUGCAGAAACUGCCAUCCGAGACGAUUUUGCCAGCCGCAAAGCCAGGGCCUAUAAGAAAGCAUCCAGCCCUAAGCAGAAGUUUGUGCACUUUGGGCCAGUAACAGAGAUAGAUCAGCAGAAAUGGAAGCGACUCAGCAUUGGCAAGGCCGGACCUAGGGAGGAUGUAGAAGCUGUCGGGCAUGACAGCGAGACGCCAGCUUCUUCUUCGGGGUCCCCUGACUCAGCGGCUCCUUCUAGAAUAAAGGAAGAGCAAGUGCUUAGCUCGCAAAAUAACUGCAGAAUAGUGAAUUCUGGCUCCGAUGACAAUGGCAAAAGAGUCUUGUGGCUGGCUCCUGUGCCAGAGUCUCGGGAUGAGCAGGUCUCCACUUGGGGUGAAAACCCAAAGAGGACCGAGGAAGUCACACCCAGACAGCUGCCACAAGACGACAAAGAAGAGAAUGAAGGAGUUUCUCAAAAAGAUCCUGAGAUGGCAUCACAAGUAGAAAGAUCAGCAGAGGAGCACAGCCAGCCACUAUACGGUCCGAGAACUCCUGUGUCAGAUGACGCAGAGAGCACCAGUAUGUUUGAUGUGCGGUGUGAGGAAGAGGCAGCGGUGCUACCGCACAGCAGGGCUCGCCAGGAGCAGCUGCAGCUGAUUAACACCCAGCUGAGAGAGGAAGAUGACAAAUGGCAAGAUGACCUGGCUCGUUGGAAGAGCCGUAGAAGAAGUGCUUCCCAAGACUUAAUCAAGAAAGAGGAAGAAAGAAAAAAGAUGGAGAAGUUAUUGGCUGGAGAGUAUGGAACGAGUGAACGGAGGAAAAGCAUCAAGACCUACAAAGAAAUUGUUCAGGAAAAAGAGCGGAGGGAGCGGGAGCUGCACGAGGCGUAUAAGAACGCGAGGUCCCAGGAGGAGGCGCAGGGGAUCCUUCAGCAGUACAUCGAGAGGUUCACCAUCAGCGAGGCUGUUCUUGAACGCUUGGAAAUGCCAAAAAUUCUGGAAAGAAGCCAUUCAACAGAGCCAAACCUAUCCUCCUUCCUGAACGACCCCAGCCCCAUGAAAUACCUGCGGCAACAGUCACUGCCUCCCCCCAAGUUCACUGCCACGGUAGAAACCACCAUUGCACGUGCCAGUGUUCCUGACACCAACACGGCAGCAGGCAGUGGAUCUCCAAGCAAAGCGGUCACGCCCAAAGCAGUGCCCAUGCUGACGCCCAAGCCUUACUCCCAGCCCAGGAAUUCGCAAGAGGUUCUGAAGACCUUCAAGGUCGAUGCAAGAGUCAGCAUGAAUGGAGAGACGGUCCAUAGAGAAGAGGAGGACAAGGACAAAGAGGAUCUCACAAUGGCGCCUGCCCCCUCCUUAACCAAGUCCCCAGUGUUUGAAGGGGUGGCCACCAUGCUCAGCUGCCCUCUGGAGGUGAAACAAGACAACUACAGCAUCGAGAUCAACAUCAAGAAGCCAAAUGCUCCACAGGAAAUCACAGAGAUGGUGGAGGAAACCAAACUGAACAGCCAAGAGGACAAGAAUGAUGGGGGAAACCCAGGAAAAGAGAACACAGAGCUUGGUGCAUCAGAGCCACAGCAUUUUACUACAACUGUGACUCGAUGUAGCCCAACAGUGGCCUUUGUGGAGUUUUCCUCCAACCCUCAGCUGAAAAAUGAUGUGCCAGAAGAAGAAAAAGACCAGAAAAAGCCAGAAAAUGAAAUGGGUGGAAAAGUGGAGCUGGUGCUGUCACACAAGGUGGCAAAGCCAAAAUCUCCAGAACCAGAAGCAACCUUGACGUUUCCGUAUCUGGAUAAGAUGCCUGAAACCAACCAACUACACUUGCCAAAUCUUAAUUCUCAAGUGGAUUCUCCGAGCAGUGAAAAGUCACCUGUAACUACACCUUUUAAAUUCUGGGCAUGGGACCCAGAAGAAGAGCGCAGACGACAAGAAAAAUGGCAGCAGGAGCAAGAACGUCUGCUCCAGGAGAGAUACCAGAAGGAACAGGACAAGCUGAAGGAAGAGUGGGAAAAGGCCCAAAAGGAGGUGGAAGAGGAAGAGCGCAGAUACUAUGAGGAGGAGCGUAAGAUAAUUGAAGACACUGUGGUUCCGUUUACUAUGUCUUCGAGUUCUGCAGACCAACUGUCUACAUCCUCCUCUGUAACUGAAGGCGGUGGGACAAUGAAUAAGAUGGACUUGGAAAAUUGUCAAGAAGAAGAAAAAGAGAGAAGUCAGAAGAACGCUUUCCAUGAGGAUGACAAUGACAUAUUGCUCAAGACCGGGGAGUGCGGUGCCCUGGAGGAGGAGGGCAGCCUGACUCCAGGGACUGUGGCCCACUCUGCGAACCCCACAUCAAAAGGAGUCCAUGACGACCUGGAUGCAGAGGCUGGAGGCCCACACUGUGGGGUGAACCCACAGAUAGCUCAGGGCCCACCCCAGCAUCAGCAGAUAUCAAACCCACCAAUAUGCAUGUCAGAAGAGAUGAAACCAAAAACCCUUCCACUGGAUAAAAGCGUGAACCAUCAGAUUGAAUCUCCUGGUGAAAGGCGGAAGAAAAGCCCUCGAGAACACUUCAAAGCUGGGCCCUUUUCCCCCUGUUGUCCUACCCCUCCUGGCCAGUCACCAAACAGGUCGAUAAGCGGGAAGAAGUUGUGCUCUUCCUGUGGGCUUGCUUUAGGCAAAGGCGCAGCAAUGAUCAUCGAGACCCUCAAUCUCUACUUUCACAUCCAGUGUUUCAGGUGUGGAAUUUGUAAAGGACAGCUUGGUGACGCCAUGAGUGGCACGGAUGUGAGGAUUCGAAAUGGCCUUCUAAACUGCAAUGACUGCUACCUGCGAUCCAGAAGUGCUGGCCAACCUACAACAUUGUGACGUGGUUUUCAGGCUUCAAGUCACUGGCCAUUUCUUUAUUAGGGAUGGCCCCCGCCAACUGCUUAAGAAAGGCCCAAGUUCAGGGGCACCUCAGCAUUUAUCUAACUUCUGAAAGGCUCCUCUACAAGAUGCUAUCUGUUCUAUGUAGGACAGUGUGCUUUUCCUAGGUUUUUUUUUUUGUUUUGUUUUUGUUGAUUUUUUUUGCAUUUGCACAGUUUAUACAAAAGAACAUGGAAUUGUUGAAUAGCUGAAAGGUGUUAGGAUAGUCAAACAGGCUAUGAUUUCAAAUGUUAUUCUCUUCUUUGGGAAAUAGCAAAAGGAUGCAAUAAAAACUAUUACGUUUUAGUACUUGUAGAAAAUAAAGACGUUAUGUUUACAGAAUUGAGCUGCAAAAAGUGCAAGCAUGCCAAUUUGACACGUGUGGUCUUUUCAGACAGGGGCAUAAAAUGAAUGCAUUUCAGAAAAAAAUUAAACAUCACACUAAGCUCUUGUCUCUGAGCUAUAACUUUAUUUUUAAUACAAAGGCAUUAGUCUUAUAAUACAUACUGUAAUCAUCCUGAAAACAUUUGUGUUCCUUACCUUUUGAGGCACAAGGUAUACCAAUAAAUUAUUGCACUGUUCAUAUUAGAUUUUGUGAACCUGGGAAAUCAUGUCAUUAACAGAGGCUGGUCUAGCAAAUUGAGAAGAACCCUUGUAAUGUCAUAGACUUAUGCUCUGGGACAUUGCUCAAGGGUAGAAAGAAACCAGCAGGAAAUAUUUCAAUCAUUAUUUCCAAAUUCAUUAACAAAUCUAGGAGGAAGUUUAAUCUCCAAGAGCGAUGGGUCAGUGAGAGGCAUGAGGCCCAGGUUGCUUGUUUCUCUCCAAGCACUAAAUUAGGACUCCAGCAAAGGGCUUAAUACGAGACGUAUGGAAUAUGAGACGUGGAGAUAAGACCAUCAGGAGGAGUGACCAUUGUCUACAAGUUCUCCUUGAAGACCUGAAGCCUGGGUAUCCAGAGACAAGAACACAGUCUAUCCUAACAGGAUCCAAAUGGCAGGAUGUAGAAGGCCCCGGAUCCAACAUGCACUCAACAAGAGCCUACUGCUUAGGUUGGGCCCUGUCUUUACGCUCCAGAAUUCUGGACCUUGCUCUUGGAGUUGAGAAAGUCUGGUGGAGACCUGGUGUGAUAAAUGUCAAUUGGACAAGAAAGGAAUUGAGUGACUACAAACCAUCAUAAUUUCCAUCUCCAGGCUGUUUUUUGUUUGUUUGUUUUUAAGACUGGGGAAAGGGGAACUAUUUAUUCUGCCUUAAAAUGAUGGCAAAUAAGUGAAGAAGACAUUUUGUGAAUGUAGACUAUGGAUAUACUCCUAACAGACUAAUAUAGGCAUAAGAGGAGAUUGAGUAGAUGUGUUUCUGUUAUGUAAGCAAUAAUUUUUUUCUGUGUCUUAUGGAGUAUGGCUAGCGAUUAUUUAUUUCUAUGCUAGACAGUUCUCUGCAUGUGGGUUCCAUAUAGGUGCAGAAUUUUCCUCAGCUAUUGGAGGUAUUUUACACAACAACUUUGUUCAUUUGGAUGAACUGUUAUUGGACUGAAAUUUAUACACCAUUUCAUUAAAAAAUUGUGCCUUAGAAAAUGCAAAGCUGUUGCACAUCCUGGUGAAUUUAUGGAUGCAGUACAUUGUAGAAGGACACAGUCACCUUCUCACCCCUUCUUCAUGGAGGUGUUUGCUGUUUUACAGGAAAAAAAUUGAAAAGACAAAAAAAAAGGAAAAAUUAAAAAGAAAAAGAACAAAGUUUUGAAAACUGUACAGAUUAAAAUAGGUCCAAUAUUUUGAUGAACCACCUGCAUGUUUUAUUAACUAUUUUGAUAAUGUGAUGUUUACACGUGGCAUGAUGAUUAGCAGAGUACUUUCACCAGAAAUGAUGCACAAAGACAUGUAACCAUGUGCUCAUUCAUAAUGGAUUUUUCUAGAAUCCUUUUUACAUGUGGAACUCCAUUGUGGAAGAAAGCUAUGAAUAGUUCAUGUCUCUUCUGGUCUCACAAAGCCAUUUGUAUGCAUUUCUUAAGCGUAGACUCACUGUGCAUAUAUGGAAGCAAGAGUGAAGUCAGGAGAGAUUAAAAACCCCAUCUCCAACUGCAGAACAUGCUUUCCCAUCAGGACGCUACUCACCAGCACAGAAUCAUCCUCUGACAUUUUCUAAAUUCUAAUUGCCAACUCUUUCUAUUUCUAUUCGAUUUCUAUUUCAUUUGGAGCCAGUUAUGUGGCAGUUUCAGCAGACUGGAUCUUGUGUUUCCAUUGCAGCAUAAUGAGUAUGAUCUAUUUCUUUUCAAAUAAUCUUUGAGGUCCUGAGGGGGGGGGGCGAAACCCUCAUCUCUGUUGAGCUCUAAUGUAAAUGUGUUUGUUUAAAAAAAGACAAGGCGAGUGAGUGAUUUAUUGUUCCUGAGGAAGUAUAUCUGAUUUUGUUUUUCUCAGACUCCAAAAGCUUGUCCUAUCUCUUUCCUAAAGGGGGUGGGGCGGGGGGAAUGGGUGAUUCUGUUUCUCACUAGCCAGUUUUCAUGACAUUUCAUCCUUCUUUCUAGUGUUAUUAAUGCGAUACUUAUGCUAGUUAUCUAUAUACAGUUUAAGAGUUAACGAACUGAAAGACCUACUUCCACUUCCUGUGUGAGUCCGUCCAAAAAGAUGUAAUGAUUCUGGGUGGGCUAAUGUUCUAUAUCAAUUAAACUAACGUUCAUUUACAAUAUUUAUUCUAAAAUUCCUCAGAAAUAGUAAAAAAAAAUUAAAAAUAAAAAGUUGUCUAAAAUGCAACAGCUUUUAUAGUCAAUGUACAUUUAUAAAUAAAAUACUCAAAUCAA